CUAUCACAUGCAGGAAAUUAGUGGCAGCAGCAACGGGGUUCUAUGAGUCGUUGUAGUGGGAGGCCGGCCAGCUAGCCAGCCACCUAACCCAUCCAGGCAACAGCAAUGGACCCUCUGGAGCAGGAAUACAAGUCUCCAUUUGACUUUGAGCAGGGGGUGAAUAGCAGCUACCUCUAUCUGUCUCCCAGCUUCAAUGUAACACCACCAGGCUCACCGCAAGUGACUGUCACAGCCAGAGGGGCUGUGAGACCAGACUUUACCCCAGAGUUAGGGGAGGAUGCAGUGACGUCAGUGACCGUGUCCCCUGCCAUCCCCACCCUGACAGAGGAGGAGCAGGAGGAGCUUCGAGGGGAGCUGCUCAGGGUGGAGGAUGAGAUCUUGACUCUGUCUCAGGUGCUGGCAACUAAGGAGAACCAGUUGGCAGACAUCAAGAGGAAGCUGGGCAUCACUCCUCUCAACGAGAUCAGACAGAACCUCAGCAAGAGCUGGCACGAGGUCACCACCUCUACAGCCUAUAAGAAGACGUCAGAGGGCCUGUCCGUGGCCGGUCAGAAGGCCACAGCAGCCUUCAACAACAUGGGCUCAGCCAUCAGCAGGAAGUUUGAGGAUGUCAGAUUGCAGUCUAUUUCCAAUUCCUUUGGCAUACGCUCCCUACAGCAUUCUGCUAGUAUGCCUGUAAUGAGGAACACACCCACCUUCAAGUCGUUUGAGGAGAAAGUAGAGACUUUAAAGGUCAAGAUGAGCCCGACGGUGUCUCAGGGUGACUUUGGCGACGUGUUGACCUCUACAGCAACCUCUGACCCAUCUGUUGUCGUGGAGAAACAGCCAGAGGCCACGCCCAUCGUCAUCCAGGACGAACAUCUCCAGUGAGACCAGCCUGACCUUUCAUCCCUGACCCCCAGCCAGAUUGGCAUCCGCUGAAACUAUACCCUCUUUACCCUUCUGUCUCCCCUCUCUCUCUCACCUCCUCUCACUUCCUCCCUUCUGUCUCCUCUCUCUCUCACCUCCUCUCACUUCCUCCCUUCUGUCUCCCCUCUCUCUCACCUCCUCUCACUUCCUCCCUUCUGUCUCCCCUCUCUCUCACCUCCUCUCACUUCCUCCAUUCUGUCUCCUCUCUCUCUCACCUCCUCUCACUUCCUCCCUUCUGUCUCCUCUCUCUCUCACCACCUCUCACUUCCUCCCUUCUGUCUCCCCUCUCUCUCUCACCUCCUCUCACUUCCUCCCCUCUCUCUCUCACCUCCUCCCUUCUUCACCUCCUCUCACUUCCUCCCCUCUCUCUCACCUCCUCUCACUUCCUCCCUUCUGUCUCCUCUCUCUCUCACCUCCUCUCACUUCCUCCCCUCUCUCUCUCACCUCCUCCCUUCUUCACCUCCUCUCACUACAAACCCCCACAGCACAACAAACAGAUCCAACAACCAAAUAAAUAUUUAAAAAAUGAUGAAAAUAUUGUUGUGACUCCGUAACACUUAAGUUUGUAUGACUGUGCGUUUGUAUUAGAAUGGCCGUGGUUUAGGAACCUGCACAAGUAGAAGACGAUACAUGGCACUCAGAUGAUAGAAUGUGUCACAGCCAGGGGUGCUUUAUUCUGUGUAUUAAUAGCACAGAGACCUUAUAUUUGCAUGUCUUUGAGUUGGAACAGGUAUUUUGGAAGGUACUUCAAUUUCUCAUUUUCUUCUUAAUCACUGUACUACUUUAAGAUUUGAUUUCUAGAGAACGCAUGGUCCUCUUAACACCUGAAGUGAUAGUCUCGGUUAAAGACAUUUGUUAGUGUCACCGAUAUCUUCAAACCGUGUCCUUCUCUGUCUGAAUUAGCACUUGUAAUGUGGUGUAGAGCACUGCUGACUAGAGUUAAUCCCAGAUCAGUGUUGCUCACACACUCCUCUCCCAGUUUAACCAUAGGGGCGGUGGUCUAAAUCUGACCUCCAAGCAGUUCAUAGUGCUCAACUCUGACAUUCGAGAGGGUGGGCCAGUGCAUUCAGAUCCGUGUGAAACGGUGGUCACCGCACCAGUUACGUGGUUUCUUAUUAUGGUAUGUCAGCAGGCCUUAACUCUCCGUUCAGUCUAUAUCACUCACUGCCUCGCAUGGUGGGGCCAAAGUCAAUAUUGGACCACUUGUCUCAUUGGUUUCUGUGAGGGACUUGGCUAUUUUCUCUCUGCUUGGAAUGCUGAAACAGGAUAGUCACUGGAUGCUGUGUACUUCUCUACUGUUCAAUGUUUUUUUUUUUACUCUCAAAGUAUAUCCAUAUAUAGUGUGAUAAUAAAUUUUUGCAUUUACAUUAUGA